GUGUUUUGUUUGUCCAGGUGGUUAAGGCCGGAAUUUUGGAGGUUGGUGUCCAAACCUAUGGAGGUGGUUUGUGGCACACAUGGUUCGAUCGGGACUUGACUGUGGCGGGGAGAGUCAUUGUGCGGGAAGGGAAUUCGUACUUGCACCGCCUUGUUCGAAUUGAGGAACCGAUAAUGCGGAUCCCGACUUUGGCAAUUCACCUGGACAAGACUGUUAGUACCGAUGGAUUCAAAUUUAACAAUGAGACUCAUCUUCUUCCCAUUUUGGCAACAGCGCUGAAGGGUGAGCUCAAUAAAGUGUCCGCUGAAAAUGGUACGGUUGAAAGUGCAAAUCAGACUGAUGGAAAGAAAGCAGCUGAUAAAACAGGCGCCAGCAAUACGAAACACCACUCUCUUCUUCUACAGUUGAUUGCAAGUAAGCUUGGGUGUGAACCAGAUGACAUUUGUGAUUUUGAAUUGCAAGCUUGCGAUACGCAACCAAGUACUGUUGCUGGAGCUGCAAAGGAAUUCAUUUUUUCAGGACGUCUUGAUAACCUCUGCAUGUCAUUUUGCUCGCUGAAGGUUUAACUUCUAUAGAUAUUAUUUUUUU